CUCGCCCUCGGGCCGGGAUGAAGUCCUGCCAGCCGGGCGGGCCGGCCGCGGGAGCGCGCGGCGCGUCCCCGUGCGCGGGCGGCGGCGAGUGCGCGGGCACGUGCGCCGGGCGGCUGGAGAGCGCGGCGCGCAGGCGCCUGGCGGCCAACGCGCGCGAGCGGCGCCGCAUGCAGGGGCUCAACACGGCCUUCGACCGCCUGCGCAGGGUGGUGCCCCAGUGGGGCCAGGAUAAGAAGCUGUCCAAGUACGAGACCCUGCAGAUGGCGCUGAGCUACAUCAUGGCUCUGACGCGCAUCCUGGCCGAGGCCGAGCGCUUGGGCUCCGAGCGGGACUGGGUCAACCUGCACUGUGAGCACUUGGGCCGCGACCAUUACCUCACGUUCUCGGGCGAGGCCGAGCCCUACGGCCAGCGGCUCUUCGGCUUCCAGCCCGAGCCCUUCCAGAUGCCCAGUUAA